AUGAAGCUCAUCUCUACUCUCCUCCUCCUCUCCACCGCAACCCUCACCCUCGCAACCCCCGCCCCAGCCCCAGCCCCGGCACCCAAAUGCGGCACCUGCAAUCCCAUCUCCGGCGUCAACGGGUGCGACAUCACCACCUCGUGCAUCAACACUGGCACCCGCUUCCACUGCGCCUGUCGCGCGGGCUACAAGGCCUCGAAGAACAACAACGACAUCACUAAGCAGUUCCGUCUGGCCAUGCCGAACUACGAGUUCUUGGUCUUUACCCCCGAGUACACCAAGUGUGACACGCUUUGCGAUAAUCCGUACGGCUAUGGACCGAACUUGUGCAAGGAGGUGCCUCUCUAUAACAAGUGUGCUGUUUAG